ACAGACAGAGGCCGAAAACGAAGCUGGGCUCAAGGGCUGUCCCACCACUCUGAGCUUGGGGUCUUGAGGGGCAGCGACCCCUGCCAGGCUCCCCUGGGGUUCAGAGGGAGGGGGGAUCCCAGGAGGGUUCCGAGCUCAGACAGGAGUCUCUCUGUCUCUAUCUCUGUCUCUCAGUCUGUCUUUUUGUCUCUUUCUCUCUCCCUCUCCCUCCCUCUGUCUCUCUCAGUCUGUCUCUCUGUCUCUCUCUCUCUCUCACACACACACACACACACACACACACACACACACGGAUCCAUGGGGAGUCACCCCCACCCUGGGUUCCAGAGAACCACAUCCGCUGGGUACCGGCUCCCCUCCACCAGGCCGUCCGCCUUACACACCCCCACUGCCCGGAGCGGCCCCGCAGUGGGCAGGGGUCUCGCUGGCGGUCGCCGAGCCCCCCAGGCCCCCGGAACUGAUGGUGUGCAGCAGGAUCAACUGUGGAGGGAGCUCCUGGAGGCCGAGAGACGGGGCCAGCAGCGCUGGGCUCAGAACUGGAGUUUCUUGAAAGACUAUGAUCCCCUGGGCGAGAAGAAGGCGCCUGUGACGUUGCCGGAGAGCGUGCCUUUCUUUUCCGACGCAGUCCCCAGUUCCACGAACCAGGUUGUGGGCAGCAGGGUGGACACGCCCCUGGGGCAAACCCUCAUCGGCAUGGACUUCUUCUUCGUGGAGGGGGUCCGGAAGAAGAAGCUGGAAGCCGAGCUGCAGCCCGUGUAGGAGGAGGAGGAGGGCCAGGGCCGGCGGGCCUGCCCCAGGUUUCACACCCAGCGCAGAACCCAGUGCGGGGCUUGACAUCAUGACUGUGACAUCAGGACCUGAGCUGAGAUCAAGGGUCGGAUGCUUCGCCCACUGAGCCACCCAGGGGCUCCUCUGUCCUCGCUUUAUCACUGCUUCUCUGAGCACCCCUGCCUCAUUCUCCUCUCUGAGGCAGA